AUGUCGAAUCAGGUGGUGAAGUUGAAGCGGGAUGCGGUUUCGCCAUGCAUGACAUGUCCUCUUUGCCACAAGGUCUUCCGUGAUGCCACCACUAUUAUCGAAUGCCUCCAUACAUAUGUGAGGGCUAAGAUAUUUCCAUACAAAAGGAGGAAGGUGGAGGCUCCUGAAGUUGUGCCUCCAGUCACAUUACCUGCAAAGAGAAAGGAAAGAUAUCUCUCUUCCCUGGUCAGCACUCCAAGAAUAUCAACAUACAGUGGAAUGACUGGAAGAAGAUCAAAAUCUGUUGCAAGAAAAGCUUCAAGAGGCUCCAUUUUUACAAUAGAGAAAUCUCUUAAGAAAGGCGAAGUUCCUGUUGAAGACCACCCUGAAAGCUCUAGUGCACCUUCGACUUUGAACAAAUUUCCUCAGAGUACCAGGCUGAAUUCUAGACGACGACUUGGUAGACAAGUGGGUAGUCCUGAUAGAGGAAGAGAGAAUUGUUCUGAGCCAGGGGAUGGGAAAGUUGAGCUUUGGAAACCUUUAAAUUGUCUGGUGGAAGCAGCAAAUACGAGUAAGUCUUCUACGUCGACUUCGCAAGUGUCUGUUGCUCAAUCAGAAGCUCUACAAUUGCAUGACAAUGAAGGACUCCUCUGUAACACCAAAGACGAGGAGCAUGCGAAUAUAUUAAAAGUUCAAGAUGAGAAGAAAGGCAGUAACAAUCCCCUUCAAGAACCAGAUGAACCUAAAAAGCUGCGCAAGAUCCGCCAGAAGAAGACCCAUAAAUUUGGAGAGUUCAGGGUUCCACAGGCUGUGCUCGAUGCUACCAGUGCUAAAUGGGAAAUCAGGAAUGAUCCAAUAUGGUUCUCAUUAGUAGCCUCAGAUGACCAGUAA